AUGUCCGCCGCGACAAAAAAGGACGGCGACAAAGCUGCUGAGGCACGCCCAGUGCCCCAGCAGACGUCGGACCUCGAGGCCCACGAUGUCGAGGACCUUGACAAGGCCAUGACCUAUGCCAUCGGCGAGAUUGAGGAACACUUCGACAUCGACUCAGACAACUCGCCGUAUCCCGAGGUCCGCGCCAACGUGCCCAACACGGACGACCCGACCAUGCCAGUCAACACGCUUCGCAUGUGGAUUCUCGGCAUCAUCUUCACCAUGCUCGGGUCUGGCAUCAACCAGUUCUUCUCCAUGCGGUAUCCCGGCGUCACCAUCUCGUCGCUCGUGGCCCAGCUCGUGUCGUACCCUGUGGGGUGUGCUGUCGCUCGCCUGCUCCCAGUGAAGAAGAUCCGCGUCUUUGGCCGCUGGGAUCUCGUCAUCAACCCGGACCACUACUUCAACAUCAAGGAGCACGCCGUCAUCACCAUCAUGUCCAACCUGUCCUUCGGGCCGUCGUGGGCCACCGACAUCAUCCAGGCGCAGAAGGCUUCGGCAUUCUACGGUCUCCACACGCCGGUUCCCUACCAGUUCCUCCUUGGUUUGUCGAUGCAACUAUUUGGUCUUGGCAUGGCUGGACUGGCGUAUCGCUUCAUCGUGGAGCCGCCCCACAUGAUCUGGCCGUCCACUUUGGCCAAUGCGGCUCUGUUCCAGACCUUGCAUGGACGGGCCAACCCCAUUGCCGAUGGCUGGAGGAUAUCAAGAUAUCGGUUCUUCCUGUACGUCUUCGUGGGUGGCUUCUUUUGGUACUGGCUCCCGGGAUACCUCUUCACUGGCCUGAGCACUUUUGCAUUCGUUUGCUGGGCUGCACCAAACAACGUUGUGGUCAACAACCUCUUUGGCAUGUCCACAGGCCUUGCCUACCUGCCAACCACUUUCGACUGGUCUCAGAUCGCCUACAACGGCUCUCCUUUGGUUGUCCCGUUUUGGGCGCAAGCCAACGUCUUUGCCGGCUGGGUCAUUCUCUUCGCCAUCGUCUCUCCCAUUCUGUACUACACCAACACGUGGUACACGGCCUACCUUCCAUUUUCGGGGGCUGACACGUACGACAACACUGGCACCAUCUACAACGCCACACGAGUAGUUGGCAAGGAUGGCAACUUCAUCGUGGAAGAGUACGAAAAGUACAGCCCUCUCUACAUGCCGGUGACAUUCGCGCUUAGCUACGGCAUCUCUUUUGCAGUCAUGACCUGUGUACCGACUUACAUCUUCAUCAACUACUACAAGGACAUCAUCGGUGCUUUCAACCCGGGCCGGAAGAAGGACGUUCACAGUCGCUUGAUCGAGAGAUACCCCGACACGCCAUGGUGGUGGUACGCCAUCAUGACCGUCAUCGUCCUGGCUUUGACAAUCAUCAUACAAGAGGUGUACAAGACCCAGAUGCCGGUUUGGGGUGUUUUCUUGGCUUUCGGUCUGGCUUUCAUCUAUCUGAUCCCGACUGGCAGCGUUUAUGCCGUCGCAAACCUCAACAGCAACGUCCUCACGGUGUUGGGCGAGAUCAUUUCAGGAUACGCCAUUCCGGGCAAGCCUAUCGUAAUGCUCAUCUUCAAGUUCUACGCCUACACCGGCCUCAGCCAGGCCAUGCUCUUCUGUUCGGACAUGAAGCUUGGGCUCUACAUGAAGAUCCCGAGACGGACGCUGUUUGUAGCCCAGCUGACUGCCUGCAUCACCGGUUCUCUUACACAAAACGCCGUGCUCCUCUGGAUGCUCAACAACGUCAAGGAUAUCUGCCUCGAGAGCCAACCGAAUGGUUACACCUGCCCACAAGGACGUGUCAACUUCUCCUCGAGCAUCGUAUGGGGUGCGAUCGGCCCGGCCCGUCUUUACAGCGUUGGCAAGAUCUACUCAGGUCUUUUGCACUUCUUCUGGAUCGGUGCGCUGUUGCCGGUGGUUACGUUCUUCCUCAAGAAGAAGUUCCCGAACAACAAGUUCCUGGGCUAUCUGCACUGGCCCCUUUUCUUCGCCGGAACAGGCAAUGUGCCUCCUGCGACUGGACUCAACUAUACUUCGGCAUUCGUUGUCUCGUUCGUCUUCAAUAAAUGGAUCAAGGGCAAAUUUCCACAUUGGUGGGCAAAGUACAACUAUGUCCUAUCCGCCGCUCUCGACUCCGGCCUAGCCAUUUCUGCCAUUGUCAUUUUCUUUGCCCUCGUUUUCCCCGGUGUCCAGCUCAGUUGGUGGGGAAACAAUGUCCAAGGGACCACAAUCGACGGCCAAGGCAUUCCUUUGAAAGCCAUUCCUGCCAACGGCACCUUCGGCCCUGCAACCUGGUCGUAA